AUCACCAGGCAAUGAUCCUCUGGGCUAUAAAAGUGACGGGGAGGCAGAGAAAAUUCUACUUUCAUCAUCUCUCCAGGUGAGAUCGCUUCCUCUCUAGCUCAAGGCCGUCCUUUCAGAAAAGCCGGAAUCCUUCUUGUGUUCACAAGCGUCACCAUGGGCUGGUCCUCUGUCCUGAAGAGCCUCCUCACAGUUUUUGUCUUUAGCAUUUUAGCUGUCUGCUCUGUAGAGAGUUACAACUGUACAAAGCAACUGUGUCAAGGUGGACCAUGUCUUUGGGAUGGACAAACUUGUGUGACUUCUGUUGGCUGCUUCAACCAAAUACAGAAAUUGGAAACACCAUCUUCAAGUACAAACCAAGAAAUUGUGCAAAAAGGGUGUGCUGAAAAUGCAAAAUCAUGUGACUUGGAAUUCUCAGCAACACUGGGGAACCAACAGAAAUUUAGAUACAAGAACCAGUGCUGCUAUACUGAGAAGUGUAACAAAGAUAACAUAAAUCUGUCUCCAUCAUCUUCAGAAGUCAAUGGUGUUGAAUGUCUUUCCUGCUACAACGAGAAAAACAAGACAUGCCCCACAACGACUAUAAAGUGCACAGGGGCAGAGAAAAAGUGUGUUGAGGUUACCGGAACAGAUCCAACUUCUACGUUAGUACUGUAUGGAAAAGGCUGUGCAACUGAAAAUACCUGCGCACUGGAUAUGAUAGUCUUAAAUUCCGUGAAAAUUAAAACUUCAUGCAUCCCAGCAACCAACGGAAGCCCCUCCCUCAAAUCCAUUGCAUCACUCCCAGUUGUUCUGUUCCUCCUGAAAAUCUUGCUUUGAUCACCCAGGCACCUGCAAUCCCACAAUCCUGUGCACAUACGCCCAUUGGUACACUUGGAUAGCUAUUUCCAAAACAUGGAACAAAUAAAAACUAAUUAUUACUUCUCUGUUCUUUAUAUAAAAACUUAAGUACCUUUUUUAUAAUAUCAGGAAAUAUACAGUGAUGACUAUCUCUUCGUGUUUGCUCUUCUCCGUAGCAUAGUACCAGAAGUCCUAGCCAGAAGAAUUAAAGCAAUCAAAGCAUUAAGCAAGUAAAAUUAAAUCUGAAAGCAAAACUAAAGAAAGGCAAAAUAAAAAGGAAGGGGAAGGAAAUGAAUGUAUUCAUAUUGGAAAGAAAUUUGUAAAACUACUAGAAGAAAACAUUUGUGUGUGUACGCACAUGUAUGUAUAUGGUGCUGGAGAGAACUUUUGGGCAUUAACCUAAGUAUUAUUUCUACAUUGGUGUUUCUAACAAUUUGGUGAUGAAAGGGUUUAUUUCAGCUUACAACUCUCAGACCACACACCAUUGUUUUUUCAUAAUUUGUAUUAAAAAUUUGGUUAACCAAAA